GUCUUCCUUGACACGGGAAAAUGGCUGCCGUGCUGGGUGCAGAACCGCAAGUUGGAGGGUUUAAUUUCGAAAAUUUUGCCAGGAAUGCUUCUCUAGAGCAAGCAGGGAAACAACCACCAAAAGCUUACAAGACAGGAACGACUAUCGUCGGUCUAGUGUACAGGGAUGGCAUUGUGUUGGGUGCUGACACUAGGGCUACAGAGGGAUCCAUUGUGGCAGAUAAAAACUGCGCAAAGAUUCACUAUAUAGCUGACAAUAUUUAUUGCUGUGGUGCUGGUACUGCAGCAGACACAGAGAUGACCACACAGAUGAUUUCCUCCCAGUUGGAGCUCCACCGCCUAAAUACUGGCCGGGUACCACGAGUAUGUACCGCCAAUAGACUCCUAAAACAGAUGUUGUUCAGGUACCACGGUGGCAUCAGUGCAGCACUUGUACUGGGAGGUGUUGAUUCCACUGGCCCCCACCUAUACAGUGUAUGGCCUCAUGGAUCUACUGACAAACUACCAUAUGUCACCAUGGGUUCAGGGUCACUUGCAGCAAUGGCAACAUUUGAAGAUCGCUUCAAACCAGAUAUGGAGAAAGACCAAGCUAUACAGUUAGUGAGGGAUGCUAUCGCUGCUGGUAUAUUUAACGACCUUGGAUCUGGAAGUAAUGUGGAUGUUUGUGUAAUAACUAAGGGCAAGGUAGAAUACAUCCGGCCAUAUGAUGAAGCCAACAUUAAGGGGUUAAGAUAGGAACUGAUUCAGACUUUUCAUAUAGUUCAUCAUUUAAAAGGGAUUGGAAUAUAACUUACUCCAUGGAGAGACCAGGCCAGAGAAAAGAACCAACAUCUUAGUCUUUCUCAGUUUAUGAACUUCUCAUUCCAUUGUAUGAUGGAUGUCUAUUAGAGUGACCAUUCACCACUACUAGAACAAUGUCCUAACCCUUCCGUUAUGGAACAUUAUAAAAACUUUCAGAAAUAAUCAUUUUAGGAAAAGCGUUUUGUACUAGUAUGCUACCAACAGGUAGAUAUAUGUGGUGAACAAGGAAAACAAGAAAACAUAAUGUGAUAUGAAAUAUCCAUUGGUUAGUGCUGAUGGUUUUCAGAAGCGCUACAUGUAUGUCAGGAGGAGUUCUCCUUCAUGUUUAAUAAAUCAUUUCAUGGAAA